AUGCAGAACGAUAAGCCUAUUAACUUUCACAGCAGAACGCUGACAGUGGCCGAGCUUCGUUACGCGCAAAUAGAGAAAGUAAUGCUUGCAUUGGUUUACGCUGUGGAGCGUUUCAGUUACUAUGCAUUGGGCCGCAAAUCCACCGCCUUUACCUACCACCAUCCCCUAGUGUCGAUCGCCAGCGAGCCGCUCCAUUUUGUCCCACGCCGCCUGCAAAUGAAGCUUAUUCAUCUGAAGAAGGAUGAUCUCGAUUUUGUCUACUGGCCAGGAUCCCAGAUGCACAUUGCGGACUCGCCGUCAAGAGCGCACGUGGCAGACCAGCCAGGAACGGAAGAAGACCCAGAUUUUGCCUAUGCAACACUGCUGAUCGUCGUCGUUGAGGAACGCUUGCAUCAGCUCCAACGAUACAAUGAGGUAGGUGAAUUGGGUAGGCUACUGAAGCACAUGACCAUGAACGUAUGGCCCGAAGACCAAAAAGUUAUCAAAAGAGCUGCCUCCAUUCCUCCAUUUUCGUGA